AGGUGGGGCCGGAUCCCAGAAGUGCCGGUUAGAGCCGGUGCCUCGCGCUGCCCUACCGGCUGCCUCGCGGAGCGGAGCGCGCGGGCGGUCUGUCGGUCGGUCAGUCUCUCUCUCUAUUUAUCUGUCACGCCGGUGGUGGCGGCGGACCGGUCACACCGGCUCCGGGCCCUGUGAGAGAGAGGGGAGGCGGCACGGCCAGGAGUGUGUUGUAACUGUCCCGUCCUUCUUCAGCUGCUUUCCCUUGAGUGGGCCUGAAUGAAGACAAAUGUAAAGAUGGCAUGUCCAAGGAAUUUUAAGAGAUGUAGACCUCCUGACUGAGCAGUGCUGUGUAUUUCAUUCUCUUUAUUUAGUAAACUGCUGUUCUCUCACAGGUGAAAGUCAUGAUCACGCUAACAGAACUCAAAUACUUAGCAGAUGCCCAGUCAUCCUACCACAUACUAAAACCAUGGUGGGAUGUCUUCUGGUAUUACCUCACCAUGAUAAUGCUGCUAGUUGCUGUGCUCGCUGGGGCUCUCCAGCUUACUCAAACCAGAGUAUUGUGUUGUCUUCCUUGCAAGCUAGAAUUUGACAAUCAUUGUGCUGUGCCUUGGGAUUUAGUUAAAGCCAACCUUAACGUGUCGGCUAGCUCUACACCACAGAUAAUCAUCCCGCUUAAAAUCCAGAAUGAUCUUCAUCGGCAGCAGUAUUCCUAUAUUGAUGCUGUGUGUUACGAGAGACAGCUUCACUGGUUUGCCAAAUUUUUUCCAUACCUAGUGCUUCUGCAUACCUUUAUUUUUGCAGCUUGCAGUAAUUUCUGGCUGUACUAUCCUAGUACAAGUUCCAGGCUUGAGCACUUCGUAGCCAUUCUUCAGAAGUGUUUUGAUUCUCCAUGGACAACGCGUGCCCUCUCAGAAACAGUUGCCGAGCAGUCUGUGAGGAAGUUGCCAAUAGCCAAAUCAAAAGCAGUGAUUUCAUCACCUGGGAGUUCAGUAGACAUACGGGCCAGCAGACAGUCCCUGCCAUAUUCACAGCCUGGCUUGGAAACAACUGGAAGAGAAAAUUCCUCAAGUGUUCUUGACAAAAAAGAAGGGGAACAAGCUAAAGCUAUAUUUGAAAAAGUGAAGAAAUUCAGAGUGCACGUUGAAGAGAAGGAUGUCAUAUAUACAGUGUAUAUGAAGCAGAUUAUAGUGAAAGUCAUUGUAUUUGUGAUAAUAAUAAUUUAUGUCCCCUACUAUUUAUCAUUUAUUACACUUGAAAUCGACUGUGUGGUUAAUGUUCAAGCCUUUACAGGCUACAAAAGGUACCAGUGUGUUUAUUCGCUCGCAGAAAUUUUUAAAGUUUUGGCUUCAUUUUAUGUGGUUUUAGUGAUCUUCUAUGGCUUAACUUGUACUUACAGUUUGUGGUGGAUGUUAAGAAGUUCACUUAAGCAAUAUUCUUUCGAGAAAUUGAGAGAGAAAAGUAAUUACAGUGAUAUACCUGAUGUAAAGAAUGACUUUGCAUUUAUUCUCCACUUGGCAGAUCAGUACGAUCCUCUCUAUUCCCAGCGAUUCUCAAUAUUCCUGUCUGAUCUGAGUGAAAACAAACUGAAACAGAUAAACCUUAACAAUGAAUGGUCAGUGGAAAAACUGAAAAAUAAACUAGUAAGAAAUUCCCAAGACAAGAUUGAACUUCACCUUUUCAUGUUAAAUGGUCUUCCAGACAGUGUCUUUGAACUGACAGAAAUAGAAGUCCUAAGCCUGGAACUUAUUCCUGAAGCCAAACUUCCUUCAGCUGUGACCCAGCUAGUCAAUCUCAAAGAACUGAAUGUUUAUCAUUCGUCACUAACUAUGGAUUAUCCUGCAGUUAGUUUUUUAGAAGAAAAUCUGAAAACAUUGCGCCUGAAAUCUAGUGAGAUGGGAAGAAUUCCGUUUUGGGUCUUUCAUCUACAAAACCUACAAGAAUUGUGCUUAACAGGAUAUUUCAUGCUAGAUCAUCACAACUCCAUAUACAACGAAAGCUUUCAGGGGCUAAAAAACCUGAGAUCAAUUCACUUGAAAAACAACCUUUCCCGUAUACCUCAAGUGGUUACAGAUCUUCUGCCUUCUUUACAACACUUGUCUAUCAACAAUGAGGGAAACAAACUGAUAGUGCUGAACAACCUGAAGAAGCUGGUAAACCUGAGAACCUUGGAAUUAAUCUGCUGUGAUCUCGAGCGCAUUCCCCAUUCCAUUUUCACCCUAAACAAUUUGCAUGAAAUUGACUUAAAAGAAAAUAAUCUCAGAACAGUGGAAGAAAUAAUUAGUUUUCAACAUCUUAAGAACCUUUCUUGCUUAAAAUUGUGGCACAACAGUAUUUCAUAUAUCCCAGUGCAGAUUGGUGCAUUAUUAAACCUGGAACAAUUGUAUCUAAAUUAUAACAAUAUUAAAAAUGUUCCAUUGCAGCUAUUUCUUUGUAAAAAAUUACACUAUUUGGAUCUUAGCUAUAACAAGCUAACCUCCAUCCCUGAAGAAAUCUGUUUUCUGACCAACCUGCAGUACUUGGCUUUGACAAAAAACCAUAUUGAAAUGCUGCCCGAUGGAUUAUUUCAGUGCAAAAAGCUGCAAUUUCUUCUUCUGGGAAAUAACAGUCUGAUGAAUUUGUCCCCUUGUGUGGGUCAGCUGCCGAAUCUUGUUCAAUUAGAGCUCAUUGGAAACUAUCUUGAAUCACUUCCUGCUGAACUGGAAGAAUGUCAGUUCUUAAAGCGGAAUAGUCUAAUUGUAGAAGAAAGGUUGUUAAAAACGCUUCCACCUCGCGUAAGAGAGCGUUUGCAGACAUGCUCAGAUAAGACGAUGAUUCCCGUGACCGAGUUUCGCCAGUUCUCGGAGCAGCAGCCGGCAUUCAGGGUGCUGAAGCCCUGGUGGGAUGUGUUCACGGACUAUCUCUCUGUCGCCAUGCUGAUGAUCGGUGUGUUUGGGUGCACGUUACAGGUCAUGCAAGACAAGAUAAUAUGCCUUCCAAAGCGCAUACAGCCUUGCCAGAACCAAUCCAAUAGUUCAAAUGUGUUUAACACAAUACCAGAUACGACCCCCCUUCCUCCACCCAAGCCAUCCACCCCUCCAGCUACAGUUGAAAUGAAAGGACUGAAGACUGAUUUGGACCUUCAGCAAUACAGCUUUAUAAAUCAGGUGUGCUAUGAACGUGCCCUGCACUGGUAUGCCAAGUACUUCCCUUACCUUGUCCUUAUACACACGCUGGUCUUCAUGCUGUGUAGUAACUUCUGGUUCAAAUUCCCUGGAUCGAGCUCUAAAAUAGAACACUUCAUUUCAAUACUCGGGAAAUGUUUCGAUUCUCCCUGGACAACAAGAGCCUUAUCCGAAGUGUCAGGGGAAGACUCUGAAGAGAAGGAUAACAGGAAGAACAACAUAAACAAGUCUAAUACUAUCCAGCCAAGCACUGAAGGCACUUUGGUCAAGACGCAGUCUUUAAAAUCAAUCCCUGAGAAGUUAGUUGUGGAUAAGGGAACCCCUGGGGCAUUAGAUAAGAAAGAAGGUGAACAGGCCAAAGCACUGUUUGAAAAGGUGAAGAAAUUUAGACUGCAUGUUGAGGAGGGUGAUAUACUCUACGUCAUGUACGUUCGCCAGACUGUACUUAAGGUAAUUAAAUUCCUCAUUAUUAUUGCUUACAACACAGCGCUUGUCUCAGAAGUUAAUUUUACAGUAGUCUGUAACGUCGAUAUAGAAGACAUGACAGGAUAUAAGAAUUUUUGCUGUAAUCACACGAUGGCACAUCUAUUCUCUAAACUUUCCUACUGCUACCUGUGCUUUGUCAGCAUCUACGGCCUUACAUGCCUUUACACGCUAUACUGGUUGUUCUAUCGUUCGCUGAAGGAAUAUUCUUUUGAGUAUGUUCGGCAAGAGACGGGAAUUGAUGAUAUCCCAGAUGUGAAGAAUGACUUUGCUUUUAUGCUUCAUAUGAUCGAUCAGUACGAUCCUCUCUACUCCAAGCGAUUCGCUGUCUUCCUGUCUGAAGUCAGUGAAAAUAAGCUGAAGCAGCUGAACCUAAACAACGAGUGGACUGCAGAUAAACUGCGACAGAGGCUACAGACGAACUCCCAUAGCCAUUUGGAGCUACAGCUUUUCAUGCUCUCUGGACUGCCAGACACAGUUUUUGAAAUUACUGAGCUGCAAUCUUUAAAACUUGAAAUAAUUAAUAAUGUAAUGAUACCAGCAACCAUUGCACAGUUGGACAAUCUCCAGGAGCUCUCGUUGCACCAAUGCUCUGUGAAGAUCCACAGUGCCGCCUUGGCGUUUCUGAAGGAGAAUCUCAAGAUCUUGAGUGUCAAGUUUGAUGACAUCAGAGAACUUCCACACUGGAUGUAUGGCCUUAGAAAUUUGGAAGAGCUCUAUUUAAUUGGCUCCCUAAGUCACGAUAUUUCCAAAAACAUUACACUGGAGUCUUUUCGGGAACUCAAAAGCCUUAAAGUUCUUUACAUAAAAAGUAAUUUGUCCAAAAUCCCACAAUCUGCAGUCGAUGUUUCAAGUCACCUGCAAAAAUUGUGCAUCCAUAAUGACGGCACUAAGUUAGUGAUGCUCAACAACCUGAAGAAGAUGGUCAACCUGACACAGCUGGAAUUGGUUCAUUGUGAUUUAGAACGCAUUCCUCAUGCAGUCUUCAGCCUUCUCAGCCUUCAGGAAUUGGAUCUAAAGGAAAACAACCUCAAAUCCAUUGAAGAAAUAGUCAGUUUUCAACAUCUGCGAAAACUGACAAUCCUAAAGCUGUGGUACAACAGCAUAACGUACAUCCCAGAGCAUAUAAAGAAACUCACUAGUCUCGAGCGGCUUUCCUUCAGCCAUAACAAAAUAGAGGUUCUUCCAUCCCACCUAUUCCUAUGCAACAAAAUCAGAUAUUUGGAUUUGUCUUACAAUGACAUUCGCUUUAUCCCACCCGAAAUAGGAGUUCUGCAGAGUUUACAAUACUUUUCCAUUACUUGCAACAAAGUGGAGAGCGUGCCAGAUGAACUAUACUUUUGCAAAAAACUCAAGACUCUGAAAAUUGGGAAAAAUAACUUGUCGGUCCUUUCACCUAAAAUUGGUAAUUUGGUAUUCCUCUCCUACUUGGAUAUUAAAGGCAAUCACUUUGAAAUCCUCCCACCCGAGCUCGGUGAAUGUAGAGCUCUGAAGCGGACUGGUUUCACUGUAGAGGACACCUUGUUUGAAACGUUGCCUUCUGAUGUCAGGGAACAAAUGAAAGCUGAAUAACUGACUUCCUCUCGCUCAGUUUUACAGAAAUAACGCUUCUACCAAAUACGCUGUAGAAAGUGCAUACUCCGGAUAUGCAUUUAGUUUGUCAUUAUUUUUUUCUUUUUCAGACAAACCCUUUCUGUACAAACAAAUUUGGAGUAAGGAGUACAUAUAUUUUUAAGUAAAAUUUUCUUGUAUUUUUUCACUGUUUUAAGAUAUUUUUAAAAUUUGUUUUGCCCUGAGGACAAGGGUAUCUGUAACUUAAUUUUUACUGGUAAAAGUAAAUGGUUUUAUCUGCUGAUAUAUUAUUUUUUCCUUUGCCUAAUCCCAACAGGGGAACUGUGUUUAAGCUGUAUGCUUUGGGUUGCAUAAUUUGUUAUAGAUGAUUAUAUUGUCUUCCUGGUUAUCGUUAAUCCCUUAGGACGCGGUCUUCAACGGGUGGUGCUGCAGGUGUUGAAUGCCCAGUUUCCUCUUCAGUGGCAGUAGGAGGUGUUCAACAUCUAACAAGAUCAAAUCUGGGUUGACCAUCCUUUUUUAUUUAUGACGUGGUGUUCUCAGAUGAUCAAAGCAAGUAGAAGAGCUUCUUUGUGUACUGUAACGGGUCUGGGGGGGCACGCGGGACUCCUCCAGGGCCUUUCGGCAAGUCCAGCCUAGCUCUCCGCUCACACACCGCGCCGAGCAGGAGGCACUGACUGCGAUUUCCUCUCUGGUGCAGGAAGAGCAAGGUCACAGUUCACAGAGGAGUCGGGACCAAAGUAACUCACGUUGAAGAUUUUUCCGAACAGCGCAAAGGGAUGCGGCUGCCCAUCUCCUGCUAACUUGAAUGGAAGGGGUGCAAUGAACUCACUGUGUUGGAAACGUCAACCCAGCGAGAUGAAACACUAUCCUGAAAAAUCCCCGUCCUCCACUAAACACCCCAUCCCGCCAGGGAGAAAGUGCCCUCUGCCCCCCUCAGUUCCCUUCCCCACCGGGAUGCUUGGCACCUUGCAGGAACGGGAUCCAGAAAAAGUGCAAUCAUGUUUAGUUUGUAAAGCUUCUGACAAGGAAAUAGCGUCUCAUACGCUCCUUAUUUGAGCUCGGGUAUCGUAUAACCAAGCUCAGCGCAGGAACAUUUGCAGAUCUGCAAAAAUGAGAUUAAAGGAAUACAUUAACUUCUCAGAGUCUCAGGCUACCAGAGGACAGUGAUGAAGGCUAUGUUUUCAUCUCCCAGCUAGUAAUUAAAUUGGAAAUCAUACAGUUGGAAGUCUGCUUUUUAAAAUAAUGUAAUAAUCUGUAAUGAUUAUGCAUCAGUUUGGGAACUUUAUCCUCUGAAGCCAUGUUCAGAUGUUUAUUUAAUCCAGCCAUUUGCUUUCUUUUAGGCAAGUUUGGCAGGUAUAUGAUAACCCACGUGCUGCACACAAGCUAAUUUAAGCUAAUAAAAAAUAACUAUAUGAUAGUAAAAUAUUUUGCUGGGAGGAGAUCUCUUCAUCCUAUCCAGCAACACGUUUGAAUCAGACGCAGGCACUGGAUAAAUGCUUUGCAAAAAUAUCUAAGAAUAAGUACUUCUUUCUCCAGGAGGCAAUGCUCUUGAGAAACAGCAGAGGUUGAGCUGCGGAUCGUUUAAAGUUGCGUAAAAUAAUUGUCUGAUGAUUGUCAGGUCGGUUGCUCUUAAAAUGUUUUCUAGCUGCCAUUGCACGUCUUGAGCUACAGUUAAUCUGGGUGCUCGAGCUUGGCACAAAAGCGUACGGUUGUUCUAAGAGUCUGACUUAUGAAGGUGGGGAGACAAGCUAGGAUGAGAAUUUCCUCAUGAAUCCAGGGUGUGCUAUGCAAUCUGGUAUGUGGGCUUGCCACAGUACCAAAGCAGACUUAUUUUUUGCGCUUGGCUGUGUUCUGGAGAUCCACGUGAUUAAUCAAAAACGGGUCAGGCAUAAAGGAAGCGAAGCACGCUUUUUUUGAAAGGGGUUUGAUUUAGUUCUAUUAAAGACGUAUAGCUGAUGUAGCUAUUGUGAGAGCUACUCCUACUCGUGUAUGGAAUGCACUUAUUGGAACAGCUUGGCAGUAUAUAUAUUCUAAAUGUGUAUCACUUUGAUGUAAUGCGAGGGAGAGAAAUGUUUCAUUGCUCAUAUUAACCUAAUUAUGUAAACCAAAGUGCUGUUGUCCCUGAUGAAUGUAAACUGUUUAAAAUGUCCAUGUAAUCGGUGGAGCUGUAUAGUUCUCUUACUUAGAUUUUAAAUAUGGGAUUACAUUUAAAGUUUUUUUAAAAAAAUCUUUAUAUUCCUAGAUGUAGCAUUUUAAGUCCCUAAUUUAUUUUGUGUCUAAUGUUGUUUCAUGUGUAGUUUGUGGUCUGUUUUCUGAACGGAAGUUAUGCAGACCUCGUAACUGAAGGUUGGAGACUUGUCCUACGCCAUUUUUGUAAAUACGUCACUUAGGGGAUGUGGGGGUUUUUGUUUGUACUGAUUAUACUUAUACCAGUGCAACCCCUCAUGUGGACACAGUUACAUGAGUAUAAAGUGCCUUAUGCUGGUAUAUCUUUAUUCACCUUCUCGAUAGGAAUAAACUAUACCGGUCUAAGCACUUUCGCGCUAAUAACUGUAUCUUCUCCAAGGGUUUGGUCUGCUGAGACAGGUUAGUCGAUCUGACAGCUCACAGCCACCAAAAAGGGGCCGUUCCUUCCUCCUCCCGUGCUCCCCGUUCCUGCCAACGUGCUCCAGCUGCUUCUCGUGUACCUUCCCGAUCUGGUGCUGGUCUGAUCCCUCCACAGGACAAAUCAACUUUUUAAGCCAGCAGAAAACGAAGUCAGUUAAAAGAAGGGACUAAUUUUCUGCUGGAUCCGCUCUCCAAAGGAUCGGAUGGACACUAGGGUGGGAGUAGCAAGGGGACAGGGCUCUGCAGCCGGGGUCCGGGCACGGAGAAGGCAGGACAAGUCACUUUGGAGGUGCUGAGCUGCUGGGUCAGUUCAUCUUGCCGAGCCCCGUGCUCGGAGAGCUGUGCUGUUUUAUCUAUAGCAGGGUUAGGGGCAUGGCUUUUCUGGGUAGACAACCCUCAGGCUCGCAGUGAUUGAUAAAAUAUCACAUUACUGUUAAUUGCUUAAACUUAAUGAAACAAACUCAGGUAGCCGCACUGUUGACUUUUCUAAACUUCUUACUGUCUAGUCUGUGGGGUGUAUUUUCCAAAACAGUAUUUUAGAAAUGCGUCAGCUAAGAGAAGAUUGUUUCCUACUUCUGUAUGACAUCCAGGAAAAUAUGUAAAAGUGCCAUAUUUACUCAGUGAUUCAUGUACUGCUCAUAUGUAUAUUCACAUGCAACGCGUACUAGACUUUUCUGUGACCUGUAGUAUUUGACUUAGAAUGGAUGGACGUUUUGUGAAUAAUACUUUAGGCAUGGUUUGUAUGGGUUUGUAUAACUACUUACAUUAAUCAGGUGCCUAACAAGUAAGACAGUUCCGGAAUAUAAGCAAGGCAUUUUACAUUAUUGCUCAAAAAUAAUACAAAUCUUCCUUGGUAACAGAAGCAGAGAUGACAGAGAGUCCAUCAAAAAUAAGAAGGCAACCUUCAUAGUACAUUAAGCCUGAAAAGCAAAUCUACUUUGUGAUCAAAAUCUGGAGAUGUGCAUCUCCUCCUUUCUCAAAAUUAGGAUGGAUGUUUGUGCUGACCUCCUGCAUCUAGCCAGCCCAACAUUUUUUUUCAAAUUCUGAUUGGAAAGAGCCCGCUCAAAGUCUCAUAUCACAUUUCUGGCACUUCAGCUAAUUCCUGUGCGUAAGCGGUGAAAAGCCCUGUAAGAAUGCCAAGGCGAAACUUUGCAAUUUGACCAAAUGGACAAACUUCUUAAUUCUCUAGCAACAAUCUUAAUAUGAUAAUAGACCUGCAUAGUGUUACGUUGCAAUAUAGUACACCCAGAAAAAAAUGGAAAUAAAACGUUCUUUUUUAAUAAUGAA